CACUUGGCAAUUUUAGAGGGUGUGCAAACACUUCGACCAAAACGCUGAUCGAUCGUUACCAGUUAUCUGUUUCAACUGAUCGUUAGCAGUUAUCUGUUUCAACCGUUAUAGCGGCGAGUUCAUAUAUUUUAAGUUCGAACGACCCCAGUCAACAAGCUAUUUACCAGAAAUAGGUUACGUGUGUUUGCGGAGUUUUCACGUGUGGUUGCGGCAUACGCUAUGUAAAUAAUGAAGACAUAUUUUCCGUUUGUGUUUGCACAUACACCACGUCAAAUGUGUAGAUCGUGGCCCGACGUAUUCUAUUCCCUACGGUUUUUAAUGCGGUGGUUGAGCUUUAGCAAUAGAUUUUGAAUCGAAAAACGUGCAGACAGCCCAGACGGGUUAUGGCAGUCCGGGGAAACAUGAUACUUGUUUCGACAAAUUUUGACAUGUAUCCGAAACGAGACGUAGCCUGGUUAUUUGUUUAGUUAAGAUAGGUUUGUUUGGAGAGUAAUCUUUAAUAAAUAAGCAAAGCCGUUUUAAUAAUGUGUGAUUUUAUUACUGUGUAUUAUUAACAUUACAUGCAUUUUGUGUGUUGUUAAUUUAUGUAUGUUUUUUUUUUGCUGUAUGUAAUGUUUAUUAAUUAAAACUUUUUGUUCUAUUUUUAGGUACACAAUGUUUGCUGUUUAACCAUACAAAAUUAAAGGUUUAAAGGGCAUCAUGCCUGUAUCACGGGCAUGCGGGAGAACUGUCCGGAUUUUCCCAACCAAAGUUUUCACGUUUGUCUGUUUAGUUUUCCUCAUUUUCUACGCAACUUCUCUUCCACCAAGGUUUUACAGCUCUGUGGUGGACCUUGAGUCUCUAGAGGCAGAACGUGGAGAAAUCAUAAAAAGUUGGGAUUCAUACAUUCGACAUCUUGCUGAAGCAAAUGGGUUGAGUUCCCCUUCAACCAUCUCCAAAAGUUAUUUUCCAUCUCUUCCACAAUCAAUGCAGGGUUUUGCAGUUUUUUUGGAUAGCCUAAAAAAUCGAAUUGUAUUUUUGGAAUCAAAAGUGAAUGCAUUGGAAACUAAAGUGGAAACAAAUUCGAAAGAUGUUGUUGUUCCACAUAACAUUGAAAACCCAGGUGCAAUAAUUCAAAGCAAAUCAGAAGAAUGUCCUUUUCCUGAUUUGGAUGCUUAUGGAUCAUGCAAAGUUAAAAUCGCUUGGAUGAGAGAAAUGUGGAAGUCUGAUCAAUGUUAUGCUAAGUGGGGAGUUGAUGGUUCAGAUUGUACCAUCUAUCAUUACUUGAGUGAGGUGGAACAUUGGUGCCCGCCUGUAGAUAAAACCAACACCACUUCUGCAGAGCAAAUUAAAAUGUCAAAGCCAACAAAACCGUUGGUGUUUAAUCAAAAUUUCACGGACUUGUACGCGAUUCUUGGUCGAGACGUGCAGUAUAAAUGGAUCAAAAUGAGAAUGAGGCGCAUGGAAAGAAGCUGGCUGGAGGCCGUGAGUUCACUGAAAGAAAAGUUUGAUGCAGGGAAUUGGAAACAAAAAAAAGUUCUUCUCGUACUCGGUUUACUUGCCAAAGAGACAGGCUUCAAGAUAGCUGACAAUGCAUUCAAAGGUGGACCACUUGGUGAGCUGGUACAGUGGUCAGAUCUGAUCACCGCAUUGUAUGUUCUGGGCCAUGACAUUAAGGUCACUAAUUCUAUGGAACAGCUAGGAGAACUCUUCGCUCCCUAUUUGACCUCGGCAAGUAGUAAUUGCCCGCUGCAAUCCAAACCAUAUGAUAUUCUCUACACCGAUAUAAGUGGUUUAAGACUGUUGAAGCAAGUGGCAGGGAAUAAAUUCCAUCUCCUACAAUGUGAAAUACGUGUGGUAGACAGUUUUGGAACUGAACCCGAGUUUAACCAUGCAUCCUAUGCGGAAAGAAAAAGGCGCUCUACACAAUGGGGAAAAUGGAAUUUCCACCCAAAGCAAUUCAACACCAUGUUUCCUCACACACCAGACAACACAUUCUUGGGCUUUGUGAUUGAGCAGCACAAUACCGUCAGUAUUGACAGCAACAACAAUAAGGAAAAUAUAUCACUAGUCUAUGGGAAAAAAGAUUCUUUUUGGGAGGGCAGUGAAGCAUACAUUGAAGCAAUUCACAAGUUAUCCUCAGUUCAUGGGACAGUUGAUGCUAGCAAUGAGUUGCAGCAUGUUCCUGCUUUUGUGGAAAAUCACGGGGUUUUACCCGGAAUACAACUGCAUUCUCUGCUGCGUAAAACAAAGGUUUUUGUUGGAAUGGGUUUUCCAUACGAAGGGCCUGCACCCCUUGAAGCGAUAGCUAAUGGGGCGGUGUUUCUUAACGUAAUUUUUAAGGAAGGAAGUCCAAGUUAUGUGAAAGCAACCAAUUUCUUUAAGGGCAAACCAACCAGUCGUCAACUUACAUCACAGCAUCCAUAUACUUCAUCCUUCAUCGGUCGCCCACACGUUUAUGACGUAGACAAAGACAAUAUGGAGGAAGUAAAAGAAAUUCUGACUGAAAUUUUCAAUCGUCCAAAUGUUGAACCAUACAUGCCCUAUGAGUUUACCUGCUUGGGUAUGUUAGAAAGGCUUGGCUUGUUGGUGGAAAAGCAGGAUUUUUGCACUUCAGACGCAACACCUACAUGGCCUCCCAUAACUUCAUUGAAGACGGUUGAAACAACUGGCCGACAGACAUGUGUGGAGGCGUGCGCAGCGCAGGAAAUGAUCUGCGAACCUGCUUACUUCCCUUAUAUUAAUCUGCGUACACACUUCGAGCAGCAAGGCAUAAAAUGCGACCAGUUUAAAGCUCCUGAAGGGGCAGAAACGGAGAUUGACUACCCAGCCCAUGCAGAUGGAAUAUGCUACAUUCAAAGUGACAAACUACUGUUCAGCUGCGCUGGUCGCUACACCAAUCUCCACCAUAUUUGCCCUUGUCGGAACUUUAUUAAAGGCCAAGUUGCACUGUGUAAAGCCUGUCUGCCAUGGACGUAGCAACAGGCUGCACAUUCUACACCAACUAGUGCACUUACAUGGACAAUACUUCGUAUAACGAAGAUUCAGCAAUUUUCUUCAAGUGAAUGGUACCAUACCUCUUUCUCGAGUUCUUGUUUUUUUGAAAAAAUAACAACGCAGAACUUAUUCCUGUAAAAGAAGAAUUUUGCGACUUAUACAGCAGCUUUCUCUGCUAGCUUCCCACAGAUUAAUGCGUGGCCUUGAAUUUUUGAUUGACAAUAUUAUCUUUUUCUUCAUGAAAUGGAAUCGCAAUAAUUUCUUUCAUUGCAGUUAUAUUUACUUCGUAUUAUUCAGUUUACUAUAAGUUCCAACAUAUUGAUACUUUCAUUACUAUUGUUUUCACCAAAUGCUAUUGUUUUUCGCAAACUGCAAUUUGUGUAAUCAUUUAACUUAGCAGCAGUCUGUUUAAUGCAGUGAAGUGUUUACCCUAUUUUUGCUGCCUAUCUGGAAAGCCCACUUCUCAGUAGCAUACCAGUGCCUAAUUAUUAAAGCUAUUUUAACUCUCAAAUUACCCAACGGACUAUUUAAAUCGUAAUUCUAUGCAUUCAUAUACCCCAUAAAUCUAUAGCUUACAAAUCGGGUACAAUGUUUGGUUUUGUUUUUUUAACAAAGUUUAUGUUGUGCUUUUCUCACCUUUGCUACGCUGUAUUUUUAAUUAUGAAACAAUAAUAUUAAGUUUCAAUAGCUUAAAAUGCUGCAAUAACAAGCCAUCAAAAAAUUAUUUUUUGGUUGACAUUUAAUUGGUAAUUUAUCAAUACUGUGAAAAAUCUUGGUCCAGGAUCUAGCAAUUCUUUUUUUAAACUUUGUAAAAUAAUGAAAUGAAGCUGUUUUGUGUAAAAGUGCUCAUCAAUAAUUCUCGCUGCUGUGCUGAUAGCCAUGCUUUUUGUAAUCCUGUUUACUUUAUGCAAUAUUUUCAAAUAUAUAUGUACCCUCAUAUCCAAUAUGUUUAACCAGUUAUUCAAAUUGUUUUUUGAAACUUGUAAUCCUAAAAGUGUUGUAACUACUCGCUUCUAUUUUGAGGCAAUUCCUAUAACAACACUGAAACUGAGAUUUCCAUCCUUUUGAAUAGACAAUACAUCUAAUCGCAUCAGUGCUAAAACAGUAUCCCGCAAGCCCAACAGGACUAAUAUUUGUUUAAUACAAAAGUGAACGUUAGCAUUACAAACUUGUUUUAUAAACCAAUACCACAAAGCAUAAAUAUUCGUAUUUCAAUACAUUAUCUGUACAUGUAUAUCAUUUUAUUAUAGUAGUGGUGAUCUUGAUUUAAGUGUUUUUUACUGUGGUUAAAUACUUUGGAAAUAAGCUGCUUUUUAAUGUUUUUUUUCUGAUGGGUGUUUUUGUUAAAUAGCUUAACUAUAUUUAGUUUUUAUAAAUAUUCCAAUCAUUUACUGUUUUGUACUGGUGGUCUUUUCAUUUUUACCAAUAAUGUAAUAUCCUAGUAAAUGUGAUCAAGUAAUUAGCGCUGUUAUAAUUUGUACCUUUUUAAGUCAUCAUAUUCUCAUUUCUUACUCUAGGUAACUUUCUUGGCAUGUAGGUUUUAUUAUGUUAAAUACAACUUGUAUUGCAAAUUUAUCAAAAUUCGUUGUUUCACAUUUGAAAAACCCAUUCUCUACGAGUGGCAGAAUGGCUGAUUCUGUUGAUUUAAAUACCUAUGACACAAGUCAAGUUAAACUAAUGAAGGAAGAGUGCAUAGAAGUUGAUAGUGAUGAUAAUGUGAUUGGGCCACGCUCAAAACUUGACUGCCACUUGUUAAGUAAUGGCCCUCCACUUCAUAGAGCAUUUAGUCUUUUUCUUUUUAAUUCAAAAAAUGAACUCUUGAUGCAAAA